GUGCCCAGAACUUCCUGUGUGACCCAUAUACACCUUCCUAGUUCCUAUCUCGCACACGGCACAGAAACUCACCAUCGACCGUACUCUGUAGUUGUGUUGCGACCAGAAACAGGUGAAAAAUGGCGACAGCUUUUGCUACUUCCAUGUCUUCACCUUCGAUUCGCCGUCUCUUACCAACAAACUCGGUGGCAAUGUUGGGUGUUCUUUCUCACUCACCCAAAACAUAUGUCCCUAUUCGUCUCUUCAAAAUCAACCCAGGCUUCAGCUCCAGCCGUCUCUCUCUAUCCAUUACAAAAAACCAACGAAGGAGACAAUUUCAAGUGAGAUCGGUGGCUGCUCCUGCAGAAACCAGUGCUGGAUUUGAUGAAAUGGUUUCUGGGACCCAGCGGAAAUAUUACAUGCUGGGUGGGAAGGGGGGUGUUGGAAAGACGAGCUGUGCUGCAGCACUUGCUGUAAAAUUUGCUAACAGUGGUCACCCCACGUUAGUGGUUUCAACUGACCCUGCACAUUCUUUGAGUGACUCCUUUGCCCAGGAUUUGACCGGAGGAACACUAGUACCAGUUGAAGGACCUGAUUCUCCCCUGUUUGCCCUUGAGAUAAAUCCUGAGAAAGCUAGAGAAGAAUUCCGCGACGCAAGUAAGAAGAGUGGGGGAACUGGAGUUAAAGACUUCAUGGAUGGCAUGGGUCUUGGAAUGCUUGUGGAACAGUUAGGAGAGUUGAAGCUGGGUGAGCUGCUGGACACCCCUCCUCCUGGCUUGGAUGAAGCUAUUGCAAUUUCCAAGGUUAUACAAUUCCUUGAAUCCGAAGAAUAUAAGAUGUUUACCCGAAUAGUGUUUGAUACGGCCCCUACGGGUCAUACACUGCGACUUCUAUCAUUGCCAGACUUCUUGGAUGCAUCAAUAGGCAAGAUACUGAAGCUUAAGCAGAAGAUCACUUCAGCUACUUCAGCCAUCAAAUCUGUCUUUGGCCAAGAAGAGACCCGACAGGAUGCUGCUGACAAAUUAGAGCGACUAAGGGAGAGGAUGAUAAAAGUGCGAGAGCUUUUUCGUGACACAGAUUCAACAGAGUUUGUCAUAGUAACAAUCCCUACGGUUAUGGCUGUUAGUGAAUCAUCAAGGUUGCAUGCCUCCUUAAAGAAGGAAAAUGUUCCUGUCAAGAAGCUUAUUGUUAAUCAGGUUAUUCCCUCAUCUGCGUCGGACUGCAAGUUCUGUGCAGUGAGAAGGAAGGAUCAGAUGCGUGCUCUCAACAUGAUUCAGAGUGAUCCAGAACUCUCCACUCUGACCUUGAUCCAGGCACCCUUGGUUGAUUUAGAGAUCAGAGGUGUUCCGGCUCUUCAAUUUUUAGGAGACAUUGUUUGGAAAUGAAAGAUCUGCUCAACGGUUUUGAACGCCCUUUGCGAUGAAGUGUCGCUGAUAUGCUGCCUAUGUUCCUGAUCUUGGUCUUUUCAGUGGUCUUGUUUAGCUCUAACCAACACUGAUACAAUGCAAUCCUAGACUGACUGUCAUGGUGAUGCCAGAUGUUACUCUUUACAGUGGUCUCUGCAGCUGAGGCAUCCAUAGUAGUUCUUUCCAAGCGAUCAAUCCUGUAGAAGAUGAAAUAUAUGUUUGACGUUGUUUCUUACAAGGGGCUGUAUCUACUGUAGAGAUGAAAGAGCCUCGUUUUCCUGUCAUUUGUAGUAGUGAACAAGCAGAAGAAAAAAAAAUAAAAAGAGAAUAUACGUUGAUUGACAAAGUGGCUGGCUGAAAUGUAUCCCCUCAAUCUGUUGUUUGAGUUUUAUCAUGACUUGUAAUCGCUGAAUUGUACAUCCUGGAAAUAUUUGAUCCAAUACUGUUACGUUUUGAACUUUGGACCAACAAUUGAGGACAUUUUAGUAUGUCACGGCAAUGAAAUGCCAG